AUGGGCUUCAAAUUUUCCCAUUUGUGUGACCUACUUUCCUCUCUUGAGAAUAAUAAGAUUUCGAAAGCUACUACAGGAGCAAGAAACCAUGACCCAGAUGUUCAAACGGUAACUCGGUGGUUCAAGCAACAUGGCAGACGGCUGCACGAUAAAGACACCGACCAGUUGGCCGUCCUCUCGUGUCUAUUCCCAGAGAAGCGGACAGACAGAGUAUACUGGCUACAGGAUACAUCCCUAGCAAGGGUAAUAGGUCGGUGUCUUCUUCUUGGGUCAUCGCGGCGGGAAGAACUCGAGCGAUGGCGCGUUUCUGGGGGCAUAGAUCUAGCACAAUGUGUGGACAACGUCAUGCGACAGGCCGAGAACCACAUCCCUGAAGGUCAGAAGGUAACCGUCGAGGAGAUUGAUGAUGCCUUGAAUAGAGUUGCGUCUCGGUGCAAAUUCUCCGGUCCCCGCGUGCGUAGACAACGGGCAGCGGUUGAUGUCGAUGAGGCGCUGUCUCCUCUAUAUCGGCGAUUGAGCAGUAGAGAUGCUAAAUGGCUGACUCGCAUGAUACUCAAGAAUUACUCUCCUGUAACUUUGCCGCGGAAUUUGACGCUGAAGAGCUUUCAUUUCCUGCUCCCGCAUCUUUUGCUUUUUCAGGACUCUUUUGAGACGACGCUGAAUAUGCUUGUGUCAGAGCCUAUUAGUCACUUUCCACCACAUCCAGAGCCAGGGCUAGCCAGGGACUUGGGAAUUAUUGCAAUGCAACAAUUGAGUCCGGUGAUUGGUAUUAAGAUCGGACGACCUGACUACUACAAGGCCCGGAGUAUCAAACACUGCUGUCAAAUGAUCGGCCGCCGUCGUAUGAGUGUAGAGAGGAAGUACGAUGGUGAAUACUGUCAAAUACACGUUGAUCUCUCGAAGCCUUCUAGGUCUAUUCAGAUAUUCUCGAAGAGCGGUAAGGAUUCUACUACAGACAGGUCGGGGAUCCAUUCUGUUGUUAGAGAUUCCCUGAGAAUAGGAAGGCCGGGAUGCCAAUUCUCUCGUCGGUGUGUUCUCGAAGGUGAGCUACUUGUCUGGAGCGAUCGACAUGGCAAAAUCAUGGAUUUCCAUAAGCUACGCAAGUUUAUCGCCCGUUCGGGAACUUUCAUUGGGACAGAGAAUGAUUCCCCACCACAACCUUAUGAGCAUUUGAUGAUCGUGUUUUUCGAUAUCCUACUCCUUGACGAAGACGCUUGCUUGAAGAAACCACACCGAGAGCGACGAUUGCUACUGAAAGAUGUAGUCCAAGUAAUUGAAGGCCGUGCAGAUAUCUCUGAACAACGAAUCCUAGACUUCUGCCGACCUGGGAGUCAAACGCAGCUAGAAAAUAUCUUCGCCAAGGGCAUCGCUCAGCGAUGGGAAGGGUUUGUCUUAAAGGGCUGCGAAGACCCAUACUUCACCAUCUUUCCCAGCCAAGCAAAUGGCUCCAUGGGCCGCUGGAUCAAGCUUAAGAAAGACUACAUCCCAGGUCUAGGCGAUACAGUAGACCUUGCGAUCGUCGGCGGAAGAUAUGAUUCUCGAGACACCGCUGGCUUAACGCAGAUCCAUAAGUUAUUAUGGACACAUUUCUUCAUUGGCUGUCUCCUCAAUAAAGAGGAUGUUUUGCAGUCCAAAUCUAAGCCCAAGUUUCGGGUGGUUGGUGUAAUUAACCGCCAUUGCAUGAACGUGAAGAACAUGCAGAUCCUCAAUCAGUUUGGGGAGUAUACGGCCUGCGGCAUUGAUUCAGGACAUGGUUUCGAUAUAGAGUAUGGAGCGGGCAAUAUUACCGGCAUGGAUGCUGUUUUCAGAACUCCUUUUGUUGUCGAGAUGCUAGGUAGCGGGUUCGAGAAACCACCAGGCGCCAGGUAUUAUACGCUUCGUUUCCCGAGGAUCGUGAAGAUCCAUUGGGAUAGAUCGUUUGAGGAUGCUGCAUCGUUUUCAGAGUUACAGCUUCUAGCUGACGAUGCCCGGGAAAUCCCUUCAGAAGAGUUAGCGCGAGAAGAAACCGAAUGGCAUAAACGUCUGAAGCUCGGGAAUGGCUCGUCAGCGUAUAUAGCCAGUCGAUCCCAGAGCUUGACAAGCUCUUCAGGGGUGACUCAGAGUCCAGUAAAAGGGCAUAUAUCAAACAGGUCUACAAGCACACCAACCGAUGAGACGUGCUUACAGAACUAUUCACACAAUUCCGUGAAAAAAAGCAGCGAAAGAACCCCAACAACCACACAUACUAUCCCUAUCUACAUUGAUGAGACAAUGGCAUCAAUGUCCCCAUCUGAGGAUUCAGGUACCCAUGGCAACUUCCUGACAAGCAACGAAAAUCUCUCGUCGCACCAAGACUCCCGCCAACAAAGGAACAAGUCUUCUAUGUCCAACUCUACGAGGUCUAAGCAAAGCAAAUCAACCAACCAGCCCGAUAACAACAAUAAAACAGCGCACUCAGACAUAUCAUCUACAAUGGCCAAUACCUUUAUACAAGAUCCCAAAACCAUCACAAAGCAGAUAAAGCCGGGAAAUGCCACCAAAUCUCCAUUAACCACCGUCUCAAUCCACCUCAUCCACAAAAACCCAUCCACCCAAGGGCAAUUCUCCAACAGCACACUCCCCUUAACCUUCACCCCGAAUCUCAACACCUUCCUCAAAUCCCUCCUAUCAAGAUCACCCAAGACACAGUCACGAACCUCACCAACGCUAGUUAUUCUUCUCCUAAACUGCACGCAAACACCCCUCGGCCAAACGCUCCUCGAUCUCACCACCACCCUCUACAAGAGGCUUCAAGCGCUCUCUCAUUCCCCCAACCACUUACAAACUGGGGGUAUCUUUCUCCUCGAUUCGUCCCUCCUGGACCUGGGCACAGACGUGGCCGAUCCCAGAUCCUGCCUACGAAUGUCAUGGGAGGAUAUCGGGAGGAGGUAUUUUUAUGCUUGUGUUUCGUGGGGUUUGAAGGAUGAGGGUCCCAGGGGAGCUCUCGAUCAGGGGGUUAGAGUUUCUGUUGAGUUUGAUAGGAGGGUUAUGGGUGUUUUGGAGUCGGUUUGA